GUGCUCCAGCUCUACGCGAUAGUAUCGGGGAAACAUCGGUUUUCGUUCCAGCUCUAUACCACUGCUGCCCGAGUUUGCCCUCAAUUAAAAAUAAAUUACAAAAUUUCAUCGUUACCGUUCGCUAAACGCAACGCAUUGCCCAGGCGUCCGAGUUCCAAAUCCAACACAACACGAGUGGUAAUAUCGCUGUGAAACAUGUCAACACCCGCACGCAGACGUCUUAUGAGAGAUUUUAAAAGACUUCAAGAGGAUCCACCUACGGGUGUCUCGGGUGCGCCAACAGAUAAUAAUAUUAUGAUAUGGAAUGCUGUGAUUUUUGGUCCACACGACACACCCUUCGAAGACGGAACCUUUAAGUUAACCAUAGAAUUUACGGAAGAGUAUCCAAACAAACCGCCAACGGUUCGAUUCGUAUCGAAAGUAUUUCAUCCCAAUGUGUACGCAGAUGGUGGAAUAUGCUUGGACAUAUUGCAGAAUCGCUGGAGUCCCACGUACGAUGUGUCAGCCAUAUUAACAUCUAUACAGUCACUGCUGAGCGAUCCCAAUCCCAACUCACCGGCUAACUCCACCGCCGCCCAGCUGUAUAAAGAAAAUCGGCGCGAGUACGAGAAGCGUGUGAAAGCCUGCGUCGAGCAGAGUUUCAUCGAUUAGCCAUGCGCCCACUUUAGGAACAGCAGCAGCAUCAGAAGCAGGAGCCACAAAACGAGCGGCAGCAGUUUUGAGGGCGGCCGCAGCUUAAAGCAUCAGCAAACUACAGUAACAGAAAUAUGCAAUACCAUAAAGAAGUUUAAAUUAAAUAAUAACAGAAAUAUUUAUGAUAAUUGUAAUGCUAUGAAAUUGUAACACCGCCAACGGCACGGCACAGCAGCAUAUAUACACCCUGCGCACACAAUUCGCAACCCGUAAAUACUGGGCAGUUUUAAGUUCUAUUUGUUUGGCCAAUAGUUAUACCUUGUCCCUAUCCCGAUCACCCGAUCCCGAAGGCAGACGCAAUUCACUUAAAAAAAUUAGGAAGUCCUCUAUGACUGCCGACGCUAGUUGCGCCGGCAGCCAGAAAUAGGACUCUUAUAAGCUAAAAACUCAAAUGUUCUAAUUUAAAAAGCAGCGGCAAUAAUGUUUAAUAAUAAAACAAAAAUUAUAACAACCAUUUCAAGUUUCAUUUUAGAUGCGCGCAAACCCAGUCCUGUAAAACUAAACUCAACCAAAGCCUAAACAGAAAUUAAUAUUUGUAGUAGUUCGUGUCUCAGCAAACACGUACACAAGAAACAUACAUUUUGAAUCCGCUUGAAAACCUAGUAAACAAUUGUCCAGUGUCGUCAUCUAUGUCAACUAUAUGUAUCUACCAAGCCCCAACAUAAACAUACACAUGCUACCUAGAUCGAAUCAUAAGUUUAUUGGCUACAAAUUGUGAAAUUACUAGAAAUUGAGAAUUAAAUGUUAGUUUUUAGGAAUGUAAACCAAUCCACACGGUGACAUGGUACAAGUCUCCAAGUUGGGAACGAUCAGGCAAUAUAAAUGCAUGUAUGACUCUGCAGCUUCCAGUGACCAAUGUAUGUAUGUAUUUUGUCCGAUAAUUUCGCUUUACUUUUACCAAAGACACUAGUUAUUCUAGUGUCUUUGCUUUUACCCUAUCUCUAAGAUCUUAUCCUUGGCCUCAUUCAAGUUACACCCUAAUUUGGUCAGUUAUGAUGGCCCAAGAAGGGAUAUGAGCGGGGUCUUUUUUCAGUGUAAAGUUGGAUGAAAACACCUCAUAACUGCCAUUUGCCACGCUAUGUACUCUCUAGGUUCCACUGUGUCUUGGCUGCGGCAAUUGAUUUAGUUAGUUCUUAAGCGUUUACAAUCGACUCUUAAUCUUGUUUUCUGUUGAAUGCGAAUUGCUGUUCCUUUUGCUAUAAACCCUCCACUUUUUGGCACUUUGUGUUGGAUGGAUUGCGGAGAUGAUGAUGCUCUGAGCAUCAUGUUAACCUUAUAUAUGAAAAAAUUACCAUAUAGCAGCAUAUUGUUUUAUUAACUAUGAACCAACUAAAGCAGAGGAGACAGUAAUCCCAAUUCAGUUCACAGUAAUAGUAAAUCAAAGGAUGAGGAUUAGCAACCCAUUCAGACAAUGUGGAAAUUCAAAUUACCUUACUGUAAUUAACAUUAUUAUUAUUAAUAAAGUUUAAGAUUUCAAAUAUCAAUAAAUGAAAGUAACACGAGAACACCUUGUUUAAAUUAAAUUUUAAGGGUAUUAUUUCAUACUCUCUUGUAAAGUUGGAUCUAGCAAGUAAUUAGGAGGAAAGCGACAGUGCUGCCAAGAAAAUGUCAACUAUAGUGUGCUCCUGAUAAGUAAAAACCAAUUAAAAAGAAGCAAUACCACUUCCUCGACUAUAAGAUACCCGUUACUCAGGUAGUGCGAGUGCAAGGGGAGAUCUUAAACUUCUUCCGAAAAAUAAGAAAGCAAAAUCAAAUCAAACCGUUAUUUAAAUUGUGUGCGGCUUAAAUUCCACUGAAUAGGCUGUUCGGAGCGAUUCUCCAAGUCAAUGCAUUAUGAUAAUACAAAGCGAAGAAUACUGUGUAAAAAUAAAUCAAUAUAAUUAGAACAGACUCAAAAUCAAAUUUUAUAUAAGAUUUGGUGAACAAGCACGUUUUCAACGUUAGCGUACAGGACCAAGAUAUUCAUUUCAGCGAAUUGAUUUUAGUCGUUUUUUUAGAAUUCCUCUGACUCCAGUGUAUUUCAGUUCAGUGAUUCAGUGAGUUUUUGUUCAUAUCCACAAUAAUUCCCAACUAGUUCUAGUUGCACCCUCAUGGAAACCCCUAUGCUGAGAUGAGCAAAGCAUACUUACCUGGCGUAGAGGUUAACCGUGAUCACGAAGGCGGUUCCUCCGGAGUGAGGCUUGGCCAUUGCACCUCGGCUGAGUUGACCUCUGCGAUUAUUCCUAAUGUGAAUAACUCGUGCGUGUAAUUUUUGUUAGCCGGGAAUGGCGUUCGCGCCGU